AUGGAUUUCAGCAUCAGGUUGACCAUGUUGAUCCCAUCUUCGGGCAGGGGUGGGUCCAGCAUCGAAUUCUGUAGAAUGAUGCGGGGCGUCGCUGCCCGAGUCCCAUGGAUUGGAGGGGCUCAGGCAAUCGGGGGUCGAGGGGACCACCUAGGAGACCCAGACGAUCACCAUCCAUCCCACCAACACCACCACCACAACUACCUUCACUCACACCAACACCCCCGGCUCAACAACCACCACCUCCCCACCUUAACAACCACCACCACCACACCCACCUCAACAACAACCGCCACCACCCCCACCUCAACAACAACUACUUCAACAAACUUCCGCACUAGGCCUACCACAACGACACCCGCCCCUCAACAAAUCCCUCAAAAACUCCCACUGCACCACUACAUCAUUCUCCAGCAUCAGAACUUAACCCAUCGAGCCCCUGACGUGAUGCCUCGCCAGGGACAUCCCCCUCAACCCGCUCAACAUAAUGAGCCUGUCCCACCAGGAGUAUUGUGUAUGCCUAUAUUUGAGAUGUCACUAUCUCAAGUUGAUAUGGAUUUCAGCAUCAGGUUGACCAUGUUGAUCCCAUCUUCGGGCAGGGGUGGGUCCAGCAUCGAAUUCUGUAGAAUGAUGCGGGGCGUCGCUGCCCGAGUCCCAUGGAUUGGAGGGGCUCAGGCAAUCGGGGGUCGAGGGGACCACCUAGGAGACCCAGACGAUCACCAUCCAUCCCACCAACACCACCACCACAACUACCUUCACUCACACCAACACCCCCGGCUCAACAACCACCACCUCCCCCACCUUAACAACCACCACCACCACACCCACCUCAACAACAACCGCCACCACCCCCACCUCAACAACAACUACUUCAACAAACUUCCGCACUAG